AUGAACUCCAAAUCUUUUCCUUCCGGGAUCCAGUCGCUCCCAGUUUCAUCCAGUAAGCCACUGAUUUCAUCACUCCCACCUCAUAUUUCUUUCAAAUUCAACAAUACCCAUGUCAAAAUAUCUCAUACAUCGAUUCGAACACCGCAUAUAACCACCAAAGUCUCCGCCUCCGCCGCUGCAAACGGCUAUUGCAUACCGACACAGGUGAAGGAGACAUUAUAUGAUCUACUUGGUAUAUCGGAGAGCGGGACACUCUCAGAGAUCAAACAAGCGUACAAGAAAAUGGCGUUAAAGUACCAUCCGGACGUAUCGCCGCCGGAAAGGACGGAGGAGUACACUGUAAGGUUUAUAAGGGUACAGGAAGCUUACGAGACCUUAUCCGAUCCGGAAGCUAGAUCCAUGUAUGAUAGUUGUAUGGCGAAGGGCUUACACCUGGCCUUUUCAGGUAAGAGUGGAACCCGAUUUGAAUCGAGAUCCGAUGAUAAAAGCCGGUGGAAGGAGACGUGGAAGGUGCAGAUAUCGGAGCUGAGGCGGCGGAGCAGGGUGAGUCCGAGCAGAGUGGAUCCGGCGACGGGGAUGUCGUGGGCAGCCCGGAUCCGGAGUCAAGGGAGCAAACCGUCGGCUAACGGGUCGGAUCAAGCCCAAUAA